CUCCAUCAUUGUGUCUACAAGAGUACUAGAGAGACAAACCUCGCUUACCAUUAAUAAAGCAACGCCUGACAUUUUAUUCCGAAACCUCCGUGAAAUCCAGCAGAAGCAGGUAGGACCUCCGAAUUAUGAAGCAGAGCUCUCCUUCUCUUUACUCUUCUAGUCAUCAUAUGUCCUGCUGGUUCAUCCAAGACCACUUCUGCUGCUCCUAGUGGUUUGCCUUCCUCUCUCCAAAAGGAAAAAAAGGAGAAUUUGCAAUCCACAUCAGCUGUUGUCUGGUCACAUAUGGUGCAUUGUUUGCAUUCCCAAGCUUACAUCCACACUACUCAAUCUCUUGCCCGUCUGUGGCACUCAUAAGUUUCAUCAACACGGAAUAAUAAUAAGGGUGUUCCUGUUUUUCCUGGAUCACACUUGCUAAAGGCAGUUUUUCCGUUUUCCGUCCCCACUGCCACGCGGGUAGUGGCCGGACAUCGUAGGCCAUGGAGCCCAAUAUGGAGUACUGUCUCACGCAGGUGCUACAGAAGGAUGUGGCCCGCAGGUUGCAGAUGGGCCCGGAGCUCAUCGACUACAUCACAGAUGCUGACAAGUGUCAAGACCUGGAGAGUGACCAGACCGCGUUGGAUAAGAUGGUGGAUGGAAUUGCCACCUCCUGGGUUAAUUCAAGCAACUUUAAGCUGGCAUUGUUGGGAAUAGAUCUACUAUCUGCCUUCGUGACAAGAUUACAGGACCGAUUUCGGCCCCAAGUUGGUACAGUUUUGCCCAGUUUGAUAGAUCGUUUAGGUGAUGCCAAAGAUCAAGUCAGAGACCAAGAUCAAACCCUGCUUCUAAAGAUCAUGGAGCAGGCAGCUUCUCCUCAGUACAUAUGGGACAGAAUGCUGGGGGGGUUCAAACACAAAAACAACAGGACCAGAGAAGGUGUUUGUUUCUGUCUAAUAGCAACUCUGAGCACAUAUGGUGCCCAAGGCUUAACCCUAAGUAAAAUUGUACCGCAUAUAUGUAAUUUGCUUGGAGACCCUACAAGUCAGGUUCGAGAUGCGGCUAUGAACUGCCUCGUGGAAAUAUAUAGACAUGUAGGCGAGAGGGUUAGGAUCGACCUUAGCAAAAAAGGACUGCCGCAAUCACGGUUAAAUGUCAUUUUCAGCAGAUUUGAUGAUGUCCAAAGAUCUGGGAACAUGAUCCCCUCAUCUGGUUCAGAUAAGAACUUUGAUGACGAGGACUCUGUGGAUGGGGGCAGGUCCUCCUCUUCCAUAUCGAAGGGCUUCAACAACAGCAGAAGAGUAGCCAGCAUGGGCUCAAUGAGACGACCCAGUUCUGCCUCUGGAUCCAGGGCUGCGGGGAAGGAUGUCAGUGCCGGGGCUGUAGAUGAGGAGGAUUUCAUCAAAGCUUUCGAAGAUGUUCCUGCAGUGCAGAUAUAUUCCGGUAAAGAUUUAGAGGAUUCAUUGAGUAAAAUCCGUGAAGUUCUAUCCGAUGACAAGCAAGACUGGGAGCACAGAGUCACUGCUCUGAAGAAGGUGCGAUCGUUACUUCUGGCUGGUGCAAUCGAACAUGAGGGUUUCCUUCAACAUCUCCGGCUUUUAGAAGGUGCCCUCAAGCUCUCGGCUAAAGAUCUUCGGUCCCAAGUGGUUCGAGAGGCCUGCAUCACGCUAGGGCAUCUAUCCUCACUGCUGGGGAAUAAAUUUGACCAUGGGGCUGAAAGCAUCAUGCCCACGCUCCUCAACCUGGUACCCAACAGCACCAAAAUCAUGGCCACGUCCGGAGUGGCAGCCAUCCGCUUCAUUCUCAGACACACACACUUCCCGCGCCUUAUCCCCAUUAUCACCAGCAACUGCAAUUCCAAAUCCGUCGCUGUUCGAAGACGGUGUUACGAGUUUUUAGACGUGUUACUGCAGGACUGGCAGACACACACUCUUGAGAGACAUGUGGCGGUUCUCACCGAGACCAUCAAGAAGGGGAUCCAUGAUGCUGACUCAGAGGCCAGAUCUGUGGCCAGAAAGUGUUACUGGGGUUUCCAUGGUCAUUAUAGUCGGGAGGCAGAGCUUCUGUUUCAGGCGUUGGAGUCGACCUAUCAGAAGGCCCUUCAGUCUCACCUGAAGAGCUCAGACAGCAUAGUGUCUCUGCCACAGUCUGACCGCUCCUCCUCCAGUUCUCAAGAGAGUCUCAACCGGCCUCUGUCAGUGAAGACUGUCAUUGGAGCCCCCGUUACCAGAAGUAAAGUCAUUGGCUCAAGGGUGUCCACGACACCCGGCGCUCUACAGCGGUCCCGUAGCGACGUGGACGUUAACGCGGCCGCCAGCGUCAAAUCCCGCAUGUCCAGCGCAACCUCCCCGUCUCCUUUCAGCUCCGCCGCAGCUCUGCCUCCAGGCUCCUACGCCUCCCUGGAUGGUGCGCCUGGUAAAAUAGAUGGUCGCGUUCGCACGAGGCGGCAGAGCUCAGGCAGCACGUUGAGCACCAGCAGCACAGUGACGGACAGUCGUGGUCGAACCAGAGCAAAAGUAGUGUCACAAUCCCAGCGAUCCAGAUCAGCUAACCCCACUAGUGCCGGCAGUCGAUCCAGCUCUCCUGGAAAGCUUUUGGGGCACACGUAUGGCAGAAUUCCGAGGGCCACUGCCCCAACAACACCCUCAGAGAAGUACUGCAGGAUCCCUAAAAGUCAGGGCUGCAGCCGUGAGACCAGCCCUAGCAGACUGGCCCUAGCCAGGCUGUGUGAUAAAGCUCUUCUUCCUGCCACUUCUCCCUAUCGCACGCUAGCCCGGAGCAGUCGCAUCCCCCGCCCCAGCAUGAGUCAGGGGUGCAGCCGUGACACCAGUCGCGAGAGCAGCCGUGACACCAGCCCCACUCGGGGCUUUACUCCUCUUGCUUCCCGACGUCACUCUCGCUCCACCAGCGCGUUGUCCGCGGCCGAACCCGUGGGCCAGUCAGAUCGGCUCGGUCUGAUCCAUCAGGCUCGUAUUUCUGCAUCUGUCAAUGCCAUGAGGGUCCUGAACACUGGGACGGAGGUGGAGGCGGCCGUGGCUGAUGCUUUGCUGUUAGGAGACUCCAGAAAUAAGCGCAAGCCUUUGAGAAGGAGGUAUGAGUCCGACGAUGACGCCAACAGCGACGCAUCCAGCGCCUGCUCUGAGCGUUCCUACAGCUCCCGUAACGGAGGCAUACCGCACUAUCUGCGGCAGACGGAGGAUGUGGCGGAGGUGCUCAACCACUGCGCAAGCUCCAACUGGUCUGAGAGGAAGGAAGGCCUGCUAGGUUUGCAAAAUCUGCUGAAGAGCCAGCGCAUUCUCAGCCGAGUGGAGCUUAAGAGAUUAUGUGAGAUCUUCACCAGGAUGUUUGCAGAUCCUCACAGCAAGGUGUUCAGCAUGUUCUUGGAGACUCUGGUGGACUUCGUCACCGUGCACAGAGAAGAUCUCCAAGACUGGCUCUUUGUUCUUCUUACUCAGCUACUGAAAAAGAUGGGGGCUGACCUCUUGGGCUCAGUCCAAGCUAAGGUCCAAAAGGCUCUGGACAUCACUCGGGAAUCGUUCCCCUUUGACCAGCAGUUUAACAUCCUGAUGAGAUUUAUUGUUGAUCAGACCCAAACCCCCAAUCUGAAGGUGAAAGUGGCCAUCCUGAAAUACAUUGAGUCACUGGUACGGCACAUGGACCCUGCGGACUUCGUGAACUCGAGUGAGACGAGAUUAGCUGUGUCCCGCAUUAUCACUUGGACCACAGAACCCAAGAGUUCUGAUGUUAGAAGGACCCUUCAUAACUGGGCAAUUGAGGAGUUAUCAGGCAGGCCCAGCACUACAGCCCUACUGCCCGGAGAGGGUCACCUGGAGGACAGGUGCAAGCAGGCGGCCCAGAUUGUGCUGAUCUCACUCUUUGAGCUAAACACGCCCGAGUUCACCAUGCUGCUGGGCGCCCUGCCUAAAACUUUCCAGGACGGGGCCACAAAGCUCCUGCACAACCAUCUGAAGAAUUCCAGCAACACCAGCAGUGUGGUAAGAUCAAAGGCUGUAAAAGCACAAGACAGAAAUCUGCACUUACAGAGUUCUCCAAGCAAUACGAUGGGACGCUCCGCACCCCGUCAUCCCACCAGCAGGACCAGCCCACUCACUUCUCCCACAAACUGCUCCCAUGGUGGACUGUCACCGAGUAUGCUGGAGUAUGACACGGAGAACAUGAACUCUGAUGAGAUCUUUAGCUCGCUGCGGGGUGUCACAGAGGCCAUCCAAAGCUUCAGUUACCGCAGCCAGGAGGACCUGAACGAACCGAUCAGACGCGAUGGCAAGAAAGACGAUGCUAUUGGAAGGGAAGGGGCGUCUCCAGGAUCUGACGCCAGACUGGGAUUGGAUGUAAUUGAAGGAGGCAGAACAGCUUUGGAUAACAAGACGUCUUUGCUUAACACGCCAUCCCCGCGGUCUUUCGCUGUGCCCCGUACACGCGAGUUCGCCCCCUACGGCUACGCAGACACGAUUACGGCCUACGACAAGAGCGCCCUGAAAGAGGCCGUUUUCGAUGAUGACGUGGAUCAGUUCCGUGACUGCCGGCGGCAAGACUGUGGUGAGAACAAGAUGGUGCUACCCAAGAGCUUUACUCCUGAUAUGGUGGCAGACCUGCUGAAGGAGCUGUCCAAUCACAAUGAUCGAGUGGAGGAGAGGAAGGGGGCUCUGAUCGAGCUGCUGAAGAUCGCUCGCGAGGACAGCCUGGCUGUGUGGGACGAACACUUUAAGACCAUCUUACUGCUGCUGUUGGAGACACUCGGGGACAAGGAUCACACCAUCCGAGCGUUGGCUUUACGGGUCCUGAAGGAGAUCCUUAGGAACCAACCGGCACGCUUCAAGAACUAUGCAGAACUUACCAUCAUGAAGACGCUGGAAGCUCACAAGGACUCUCAUAAGGAGGUGGUAAGAGCGGCUGAAGAGGCCUCGGCUACGCUGGCCGGUUCCAUUCACCCAGAGCAGUGCAUCAAAGUGCUAUGUCCCAUCGUACAGACAGCAGACUACCCCAUCAACCUAGCUGCUAUUAAGAUGCAGUCCAAAGUCGUUGAGCGCAUUGCUAAGGAGUCUCUGCAUCAGUUGAUGCCGGACAUCAUUCCCGGACUCUUACAAGGCUACGACAACACUGAGAGCAGUGUCCGCAAAGCCAGCGUGUUUUGUCUCGUGGCCAUCUACUCAGUGAUUGGUGAAGAGCUGAAGUCCCACUUGGCCCAGCUCACGGGCAGCAAGAUGAAGUUGCUGAAUCUGUACAUUAAGAGAGCCCAGACUACGAACAGCAACAGCAGCAGUUCCUCAGAUGUGUCGUCUCACAGCUAGUCGGAUGUUCUCCGAUCAGUGCCCUACAUGGGCGUUUGGAAACAUAGUCGUGCCUCCUCCAGACAUCGAUUUCUUUUUUUUAUCGCUUCAUCAAAAUCUUGCUGGAUUUCUCUAGGAGAAACGUGUGCUCAUCACAAUCAGCAGACCUCUGUGUUAGUCAUGCUUCUUUUCAUCCGUGAGUGAAUGUAAAGAAGUUUGGAUAGUGGAAAAAGAACGCCGGCUUUUUGAUAGGGAACAGAUCUUCCAUGAUUGGCAUUGCUUCCUUUAAUGGAGCGAAAAGGCUUUCUUCGACUUCUGAAGAGAUGAUUAAGUUUAAUAUUAAUAACUUAUUCAUGUUUGCAGGUUUAAGUUGUUUGGAAACAUUUUAAAUGGGCACAGUUGUGUGAGCUUACACGUCACUUCUUAGUUAAUGCUAGUGGAUCAUUUGGCUGGCCGAGUGAUUAAUGUAAAGAGAAGAGAAAAAGUUAAGCAAUUUGUAGGCUACAAUGACAACCAAAAAACGAACAUUCUAAUAACCAUUUUUAGUUCUUGUAUUAGUAAGUAUGCCGCUGACAUGGUACGCAAUACCAUACGCCACAAUGCUGAAAAUGUAGGAAAUGUUUUUUGUUUCUCGUAAAGGCAAAUGAUGAAGCCUUUGUUGAUUUUAUCAUGAAUUAUGCGUUUAAAAAUUUGCAAAGGCCCUUACUGCGGAACACUAGGACAAACAUCUGAAUGUAAAGUUGUUUGGUUUUUAUCAUAUGAAGAAGCGAAGGGUUUGGAAAGCAUAUUAUAUAGAAAACAUGCAAGACGUGCAAGCCACUACAAACAAGUUCUCUUGUCAUUUCUGUGGAACGGAGUUUGAAAAUAUGACCAUGAAGUAUCCUUGAAAAAAACAACAUGCAGUUGCUUGAGAGGCGAGAAUAUUGUGAUGGAAAUUUGAAAGCUAUAAUGCCUUAUUUUCGUUUUAUUCUGUUUCAAAACUCAGACUGUUAAAACAUCCACAGGCAUUCACACACUACAACGUUAAAGCAUGGCACUGCACAUGUCUGUGACACUAAUUGUAAACCCUCUAAUGUUACGUUAUCUCAAAGGUGAACAAGAAAAUGUUCCACCUGAUCUUAAAUGCUGGGAGAUUGGUGUUGUGUACAUACCUUUCAAUCAUUGCUUCUCACUCCCCACAGAAAGAAAAAAUGUGUUGAACUCUUUUGCACGUUAACAAUUAGCCUGCAUGUUCCGAAGACGUAACCAUCCUGUGCUGCCGCGACCGCCCUAUAGGUUUGGCUGUUUGAGAAAAGCUUAACCUCUGCAGUCGGGUCAGUCUGUAAAUACAGUAUUAUUAUUGUUAUUAUUAAUAUUUUGCCCAUGUUGGGAAGUAGGCAAGUGGAAAAUUUAAAUUGCCCUCAGAGUUGACCAAAAUGUCUGUUUGUCCUCAGACUGUGAACCAGACCACUUUAGAAAUUCAGGAAAGACAUUGGAAGCAGCCUACUAUCAUUGAGUAUUAUAUACUGGGGCAUGUGGCUUUUAUUGGUAUGCUAAGUGUGCAUACUCAUGUUUGAUGCAGCGUUUCAUUCAAAUAGAUUUUAACUGAUUUAGAAAACGGACAUCAUUUUGGUUUAGACUGGGGCAAGUUGUGAAGAAAAUAUGUUAAUUUAAAGAAAAAUGUCAACGGUAAGGAUCAACAGUAUUAAACCUAAACGCAGCUCCCUGAGUUUCCUGAUAUGUUGACUUCUGAUGGUAUUCCAUCUAACUGUUCACUAAGCAUGUUAGAUUUUGUUUUGUUAUUGGACACUGAUACACUCUUGUAUUUAUGUUUACUUUAUUUCCUUUACUUUCCCUAUGUACAGUUUUUUUCAAGGCUUGUGAUAGAAUUACAACUUAAGUUUGCCCUAGAAAUAAACAAUCAGAACUAUUAAUGUAUAUUCUUGAUAUUAUUCUUGUGUUGACUGUUUGGUGUGUGUGAGUGUUUAAUUUGUCUGCUAAAUUUGUACUAGUACAUUACAUUUUUAAGAAAACCAAUGCGAAAAUUAACCAUGGUUAUACUACAUUAACAAUAGUUUAACCGUGGUAUUUGUAGUAAAACUAUAAUAACCACAGAACUUUCAGGGUUGGCCUUACCGGGGCCGUUGAAAAACAGAGUUGCGACACACUUUGAUGUUGCCGCCACGUGGUUCAUUGAGCUGUCGGUCUGUUUGUAUAGGCUUAAGCGGGAGAGACAGUGGAAGCAUCUAUAUUUGCAACAAAUUUCACAAAAUAUCAACACAAUAUAUGCACUGAUUACUAUUGUUGAUUAAAUGUAUUAUAGCAUUUUGUUUGAUGAGUUAGAAACAGUAUUAAUCUGAUUUGUGUGUUUAAUGUGACUAGGAAGGAUGCAUAAUGUUCUAUAAAAUUAACAGAAUGCACGCAUUCAUCUGUUCCUUAUGCUUCUAUGAUCAUCAGUACAUACCAAUCCCUUACGUGGUACAACCAUUGCCCGUACUGUUUGGAUAUAAAAGCUGCACUUAGUUCUUCAUAGAUCCACGAUAACCAAAAACCUUUUUUUUGUCAAAUAAAGGAAGCCAAAAGGAUGUACUUUCUAAUAUCUGUGAACUGUUUCUCUCCAUUUGCAGAAGUGAUGUGACAUUAUGUGAGUGAUGUUGUUCUGUUUAUGCUGCCAUUUACAGUAUCAGACACUAUAAUACCUGAACCUCCUAAAGGGCAACACUCUACGGUGCUUUAAGUAGAGUCUUGUCUUUAGUAUCACGCUGCUUUGAGGAAAAAGUAAGACAACUUAGAACAAAAUGGCACAUUAGAGGAUCACAAUGCUGCUUAAUCAAUUAAAAUGAAAAAAAUUGUGAUUACAGUGCAAAUCAUAAUAAACACAAGGCUCGGACUACAGUAACUGAGUAAAUUAAUGUAGUAAACAGUCAGUUGCAUGAACCAUCAAAGAUGUACACAAGGGGAGACAAAGAUUUCUUUUUCACAAAGUUCUCUCAGUGGAUUUUAUUUGUCUUUGAAAAUCUUUCCUCUCCUCUUAUUGGCCUUUUUUAACAAAUAAUUUGCUAUAGCACAAUGCAAAUCUUGUUUUGAUUUAAAAUCAGUUCCAGUUCAAACCAGCUCAAACCAAACAUACAUCUUGAUGUAGAAUCACUUAAUGCUUUAGUGUUCAUCUGACAGCUGAGAGGUCCAGUCACUUACCUGCUUGCUCUCUGUGAUUUGACAAUGUCUUUAGCUAAAACAGCUCGCAUCUACUACUCCAGUGGACUGAUCCCCGGUUCUGCUUUGAGGGUGAAAAAGAGGAGCAAGUUGAAAGUCAUAAAACAGCGACCAGCUGCAGCUUUCAAUCCCUCGUUUCUGGCUCAGGUAACGAUACACGUGCCAGAUGAGGUUCCGAUGGAAGUGAUGGUGGAAGAGGACGAUUAUAUGGACUGGUCUUCCACAGUACCCUCAUCCAGACCGCUUAUUGUAAGGAGUCCCACAAGAACCGCUGCCAUCCCGCAAACAAUCCUUUUCCACGGCCAACUCAGUUUGUUUAUUAAAGCCUGAUCCACACAUCCAGCACAUCCUACAUCUGAGCAAAAGAAAAAUGUCCCCCGAGCACAAGAAAAAGUCCAAAGCGCAUGAGAAAAAUGUCUCCGAUCACAAGAAAAACUCACCCAAGCACAAAAAUAAAAAAUAUUUUAUGCACAAAUGUUA